CCCGGUGCCCACUGCCGGCAGGGAUGCGCCGGGGAUAUCUGCGGCUGCCGCCGGGUCCCGCGAGGGUUCGGCCCUGGCACGGAGGUGCUGACCCGGCCGAGGGGACACCCUCGGUGCCAGGCUGGGAGGACGGGGCGCGCUGCCCGCUCCUCUCCAGCAAAAGGCGGUCACAGCCUGUAUUUGAGCCCAGCCCUCGGCUCGCCGCCGCCGCAGGAGGUGAAGGCCAGUAGGGCUGACAAUGGGAAGGGGAGGAAGGGCUGCGACAAGGACACGCAGCUCGGGGUGCCCGGCCCUCCCCACCGGCUGGAACGAGCAAGUGUCCGAGCAGGGCCAGGACAGGUUCAGCUACGACUAUGACACCAUCCGCAACGGGGGGCUGAUCUUCGCCGUCGUGGCUUUUGUGAUCGGGCUCCUCAUCAUCCUCAGCCAGCGGUUCCACUGCGGAGGGAGGAAGAAGAGGAGACAAGGGAGCGAGGAAGAGCUGUAGGCGCAGAGCUGCAAUGCCGCCGUGGAAGCGGAGCUCCAGCCGAAGCCCAGGAGUCCUGGCCAGUGGCCACCCCUCAGCCCGCUCCAGUGGAUCCAUUACCCCGCAAGGCCACAACGCAAAUUACCCUCGUGCUUCCCCCUCUCUCAGACACAUCAAGAGUUCCUUGGCUAAUAAAGUUCAAGCUCCGCGAGGUUAAA